AGACGUUGUGUUGUUACUCAGAUGUAAUCUUCCACGCAAAUGGUUCUUCCAAGGCGCUGGGGAGGCUUAAAACAGACGACUACACACUUGUGUUUUGAUGGAAAGUGAUGGUUCGCUGGGGGACACCCUCAAGUUACCGAGCUCUGCCUUCCAGUGCCGUGGGACCGUUUAUGGCUUGAAAUCAUUUUUUGUGGUGCUCAGGGAUGCCAGGAUCUGUUCGGCCACGAGCAAGUCCCGCGCCAAGUUCUGCCAUGGCCAACGAAGCGCAGCCCUGCCCAUGUGACAUCGGCCACCGGAUGGAGUACGGGGGCAUGGGACAGGAGGUGACCGUGGGGCACAUCAGGGCGUAUGUCACCCGGGCGCCCGUGGACACCGGCAAGGCCGUGCUUGUCAUCCAGGACAUCUUCGGCUGGCAGCUGCCCAACACCAGAUACAUGGCCGACAUGAUCGCCAGGAACGGAUACACAACCAUCCUUCCAGACUUCUUCGUGGGGCAGGAGCCCUGGGACCCCAGCUGGGACUGGUCCACCUUCCCGGAAUGGCUGAAAACCAAGAACGCCAGGAAGAUCAAUAAGGAGGUGGACGCUGUCCUGCAGUUCCUGAGGCAGCAGUGCGGCGCGCGCGACAUCGGCGUGGUGGGCUUCUGCUGGGGCGGCGUGGCCGUGCACCACGUGAUGACCACCUACCCCGACUUCCGCGCCGGGGUGUCCGUCUACGGCAUCAUCAGGGAGCCGGGGGACGUGUACGCCCUGAAGAACCCCACGCUGUUCCUGUUUGCUGAGAACGACGCAGUGAUCCCGCUGGAGCAGGUCUCGGUGCUGACCCAGAAGCUGAAAGAGCACUGCAGAGUGGAGUACCAGAUUAAGACGUUCUCCGGGCAGACCCACGGGUUCGUGCACAGGAAGCGGGAGGACUGCUCGCCCGAGGACAAGCCCUACAUCGACGAGGCCAGAAGGAACCUGCUCGAGUGGCUCAGCAAGUACGUCUGAGCGCGGAGUCGCCCAGGAACAGCUUCUGCCGACGCGUGGCCCGAAAUACCGUCGUUUGGUUUCAUUCUCACUUUGGAUAAGAUAAACCGAGGCAUUCUGAAGCCCACGCUCUCAUCC